GUAGAGAACUACCGUAUCCCUCGACUAGAACGCCAAGAAACAGAAGAGACUCUAUGGCAGGUUAAAUCUUCUUUGGUGCCUCUUGGAAACACUGAUCCGGAGGAUAAUCGUAUGCGAUCUUCUUGGAAUAAUGGAAGAUCUUACUGCCGACUUCUCACACGUCGCAGUCGCAGUAAGUCAAAUGAGCGGGACGGUCAUUUCCGGUCAUCCAUUUGCUUGCCGUCUACAACUUUGCCUAGCUCUAUUGUCGAAGGUAUCGGCCAAGGAGAAUUGCCUUUCAGCUACUCUAUCUCUAAUCUAGGGUCAAUCGGUGACAAUCCUUCUGCGCUGUCCGUCUCUUCAAUUUCCACUUCAGCACCUACUUCGCUCCCCAACAAUAUCCUGAUCGAAAGACGUUUACGUGACGAAUCUGUUGAAGGUAAUGCAACCGGCAGUGCUAACUAUCUAAUAGGAUGUGGUGACUCGUUCGGGGCUUCAGUAACUACUGAAACGCCUAGCAAACUUAGCAGAGAUCAGCGCCGUCAGCUUUUUGAGGAGCAAGUGAAGGCAGCCGAAGAAGCCAAGAAACGCGCUGCACUGAUGGCUACUGCCUCAGCUGCCAUAGCAAAUUCUGCGGCCGAAGACGCAAUGAUGGCCAAAGGCCAGUUGGAAAGCAGCUCUGAUAGAUUAAAGAAGGUAAAUUGA